AUGCCAUUCAGGCUCCUGCAGUCGCGGCCGGCAACAUCGCUGCUCGCGACGCUUUUUACGAUAUUCUAUACGCUCGCAUUUUUACCAGCUGCGUUUGCGACUCUUUCACCCCCAAAUGCCGACUCAAACGCCCUCGAUGGCCACAAUCUCGAUCUUGGCGACACGUAUGAGCCCAGUUUUGCGCCAUUCGACAGUAGCUAUCUCGGAAAGAGGGCCAGUGUCAUCGGACCCCUCACCAACAAUAUCCCUGCCAAGUCAAAUCUCAGGCCAGGAGAAGCAGCUUGUUUUGAGCUUUCCAAAACGACUCUCUCCGGCGGCAGCCAGGGCGGCGGAACAAACGCUCGUGGCCUCAGUUUCGAUACUGCCGACGCAGCGAUAAAUUCUAGCUCCGAAGCUGGCAUUUUCGUGCGCGAUGAUGGUCAGAAUUCUGUCUUUCUGUCUGCAAAUACAUGUUUGCAGCCGCACCGUGUCCCAGGCGAUGACAAGGCGGACAUUGAACCGCCACAGCUCACAUUGCUCAUAUCGAAUUCGAGCCAGGUGGGGUGUCCUGACAUGUCUAUGCAGGGCACUGCCAACAUUCAGAGAAAAACAUUUGACAGCGGCGCAGUCAUGUUCAACAUGAAUUACACAGACAAGUUGUAUAUCACGGUCCAGGCCCCAAAUGUUUCGUCCAGCUAUGACGGCGUAUACUUCUUUGAGCUGGCAGCUUCUACUCAAGACUACUAUCACCGAUAUGUGAACAAGGACGGUCAAUUGCUGUGGCUCGACAGCGAUGCGAGCUCGGCUCUUCUGGUCAGCAAGAAUCUCACAACUAAUGCCGACGAAACGAAGCAAAUUAUGGAACAAGGCAUGCAAUACCAGUUCUACAUUGAUAACGAACUCUACCCCAGGCUUCAUGGCGUCAGACACUCCAAGUGUGGUCUCCAAACAAGCGCACAGAUCUAUGCAACACCGAACGGGACAGGAAACUUGAACCAGCUGGUUCACAUGACUAUGACGACACGGGGGCCUGGUGGCUUUCCGAAACAACAAUUCUUUGUCACCAGUCUAAACGAUACAACAGAAUAUCGUGGUUUUAUUAUCAAAGUUCCAAACGCGAACGCAGGAAAACGCGACGGAGAGGGGAUUGUCGGCGGCGGCGGCACAGUCUUUGCCUCCACGACCUUCAACACUGUCUCAGGAACGAGCUGCAAGAUGGUAACAGAUUUAAAGUUUUGCAACGACAUUCAAUACGCCAUUCCCGGUAAUAUCGAGAAGUUUACAGGCGAGGACAGCCUUGGACAAAAGUACGACGAAUAUGCCAAGAAGAUGUACGAAAAUUUCGAAAAGGCACUUAUGCAGGUGCAGUGUGAAGCACCUUCGACCAAGAUGUACUCGCUCCUGAAAACCUGCGACGACUGCAGGAGGACGUACAAAAAGUGGCUCUGCACCGUCGUUAUGCCCCGGUGCGAGGACUACACCCUCAACAGCCCGCACUCGAUUGUGCGCAACGCCGGCCAACCGUUUCCCAACGGAACCCAGCUCCCCGUGGAGGACCUGGCCAAGUACAGCGCGCCCGCCUCCAACACGUCGCGCAACAAGUUCAUCGACGACGAGAUCGCGCCCGGCCCCUACCGGGAGCUCCUGCCCUGUGAUGAUCUCUGUUACGAUGUGGUGCAGAGCUGCCCGGCGGCGCUCAAGUUUGUGUGCCCGCUGCGAAAAUUCCGCGAGUUCAACUCGAGCUACGGGAGACGUGACCCGGACAACAAGGAGGUGACGUGCAACUACCCAGGCGAGCCGCGCACGCGGGUAAGCGCCGCUGCGGGUGUGGUCUACAACACGGCGUUUCUGUGCGGCAUGGUGGUACUCGGUGUGGGGUUGCUGUACUGA